CAAGAAAGCAGGGAAGACCUAGAUUGAACUGGUUUAGCGAUAUUCAAAGAUGGACUGGAAGAAGGAUCACAGAAUGUAGCAGGCUGGCCGAGGAUCGCGAUAGUUGGAGGAAGAGGUGGCUGAGCCAUUCAUGGCCUCGUCUGAGAGUCAAAGAACGCCCACGAGCUACAUCAAGGCUCCGCCUGCAAAUAAGAAGCAGGCGAAUCGUCAGAGAAGGGCGUAUUACAUGAAGGAAGUAUUAAAAUUUAUCUCUCUAGAAGGCGCAUUUGGGACCGGGCACCUGCUAAAGGCCAUUGCAGAAAAGAUUGGCUUAGACGCCGAUGAAUACCAUAUCUUAUUUCAGACUAUUGAUAAGAUGCUCUCAAAAGGCAUCAUCAUUUUUAACCCACAUGGUGACCUCAAAGUCGGAGACACCAGUGUGGAGUUUAGAAGACCACCACCAGAAGAAAAGUAAGAAAACAAAAAGACACAAAUCACACUACCAUUCCUCCCACCAUCGUACAAAUCACACAAAAAAAAAAGGUACUGAAAAUCCAUUAUUUAGAAAAUGAAGAUUUUUUUUUUUUUUAUACCAUCCUUUUCUGUAAUUCAACAAAGACACUCGGCAGCUCCUUUAUUCAGAGAAUUUCUUUCUGUCUUCCUCCCCUACCACAGGAAUUGAUGCCGCUGAACAGGAAUCCGUCGUUUUUAUUUAUUGAUUUAUUUUUUUAUGACAAUAACGGCAUUAACAGGUUUUGAUAUGUGGUCCAGUCUUACCUUUCCUUUGUACAGGUUAAUGCCCUUACCUAAUUUCUUAAGGUUUUUUCUAUUAUACGGAUAUCUCUGAACAUUAACUAUGAAAAAAAUUUUCCUUUUGUUGUUAUUUCUGGUACAUUAAAGAUUUCCU